AUGCGCAAUAUGAAGCCGCCGUCCGAAACUAAGCUUACAUGGAAGGGAAGGAUGUUUUAUAUGAAGGAAUGCUACUUUCAUGACACUAACUACAUGAAAUUUGAAGAGGCUACAAUGGGUGGCGUUGAUGAGCCGGGCGGUAAAGGAAACCACCGCACACAGUCGCUGGAGUCCUCGGCCAAAGCUCUUGAGCCAAAACGUCGAGCUCGAUACCUUACCAUGGCCGAGAUGUCUGUGACGACUGAUACCAGUCACUCUGUUGCCUACGUCGCCAAUUUAGUGGGAGAUUUACCUAGGACAUUUAAGCCAGCAAUGGGAUCCAGCGACGCAUUCGAGUGGAAAGAGUCUUGUGACUCCGAAAUAAAUUCCCUUUGUCACAAUGCGACCUGGAAUCUCGUGCCUCUUUCACAGGGACGCAAGGCAAUUGGUAAUCAAUGA